UUCACGGAUUAUAGAGGUCCCCCCUAACGCCUCUGUCCACUUAAUUAAUUUCAUUUAAAAAAAAAUAUAUAUAUAUAUAUUUUUUUAAAUGACUCAUCCCCCAAAAGCGGCUCAUACGAAACCGAGGAGAAAAAGAAGGAGAAGAAGGAGGAGAUGAAUUACGCAUUUGGCCUUGAAAGUGGUUUCAUCAACAGCCGGCCGUCGCUCGCCGAGUGCCUGACGCCCCCCCGCGACCGCGAUGCCUUCCGGACGGCAUCCAUCAACACCUCCGCGCCGAUUCCUCCUCCCCGUCCGACGAGGGGCUGCGGGAGCCCGCAACACGCCGCGGCACCGUCCGUCGCGCAGUACCCGUGGAUGAAGGAAAAGAAAAGCACCAAGAGGCAGCAGACUCCUGCGGGCUCCUCUCCGCUGCAAGCUUCAUCGGAGAUAAUAAGCGCGGGGGAUUGCCCCGCGGCGUCCUGCAGGAGGCUGAGGACGGCGUACAGCAACACGCAACUCCUGGAGCUGGAGAAGGAGUUCCACUUCAACAAGUACCUGUGCAGACCCAGGCGGCUGGAGAUCGCCUCCUCGUUGGAUUUAAGCGAGAAGCAGGUGAAAGUGUGGUUCCAGAACCGCAGGAUGAAACACAAACGGCAGACGCAUUUCAAAGAGAACCGGGAGAGCGAAUUAAGCAAACACGCGGUGGACUUUUUGGAGGAGGCGCGGGAGCUCCCCGCUAAGGGGGAGAGGUAUUUCCAGCCAAAUGUUUUCAAUUCCCAACUCUCUCCGAGCAGCCACAACGCCCACAAUGAACCGUCUUUGUGCACGAGUGAGAAAAAUGCGAAACAGCCUUCGAAUUGCACUUCCACGGCUCCCGUCUGGGCGUCCACAAAAGGCCCGGACAACGAUCCUCCCCCCGGCGUGCACGAUGAUCGUCGUUCCCCGGGCACGGGCGGCUCUUUGCGGGAACUUUCCUUAUGCGCGUGCUCGUUCUCGCCAGGCUGGUCCAGUUCGGCCCAAAGUCCACUGGCAUUAUCGCCUGAAACUUUGGAGCUUUUCUCUGAAACGCUCACAACUAUGGAAGUGCACAAUUUGAGCUAUUGAGGCGGUUUAGUUGAAUUCACACGCUUUUUCUUUUUUUUUUUUCUAUAAAGGGUUUAUUCUCAAGGGGAAUUCCUUGAUCAGUGACACAAAUAAGGUAAGUUAAGAAAAAAAAAAGGAAAAAAAAGAACUGUAUGGCUUGGGCAUUCUAUUUUAUGUCUUUGUAUACAU